AUGCGGAAGAAGCGUGUUGAUCGUGGAUCGGUUCCUUUCGACAGGGACCCCGUCCAGAUCACCAACGUUCUUCUACCUCAAUCUUCGACAGAGUCAGAGACCAUGCAGCGGCCCGAAAUCAAGCGUCUCUCGACAUCGCUGGCCUCCACGAUGUCAAUGUACAAGACUACUGUGACUGGCUCAAGUCUCGGAUCCUUCGACCUCGACUUGGUCUAUGAGGACCAUAAUCCUACUUUCCUCAUUGAGCAAGGAGAGGUAGAGGAAGGCAUCGCUCGGCGAUUUGUGAAAGACAGUCCUCUAUGGGUCAAACUUUGCAAGCAGAAUGAGAUUGAAGCGGACAGCAUCUUGGAUUUCUCGCGUGGGUCCAUGCAUCUUCAGUAA